CAAAUUUGGCCUGUCGUGAAGUCCUCAUGGCCAUGACCAGUCUUCGAUUGAUUGGCACGGGUCAUUUGGCCUCAGCCUUACGAGCUCAACGGACUUUGUGGAGAGGCCCCCGAGUGUCCCCUCCCAAGGCCUACGAUGGUGGCCAAAAACUUCACAUAGCGAGGCUUUCUAGCCUUGCUGCUGCCACUGUGGUCCCUGCCACCCUGGCGGCACGCCGCCGCUCACGCCGGCAGGUCCUCGCUGUGCGAGCUGUGGCCACCGAGUCGCCGCCUGAGGCCAUCCGCUUCAGAGAAAGUGUUGGACCAUCUAUUGUCCUCUCCGGAAGUUCUGCAGAGGAAUGGGCAGGAGAUGCCUUGGUUUUGUUCGUUCGCGGUGAGGGUGAUGAUGCCACACCAGUAUUGGAAGCAGCCGCGAAGUCCAUUGAUGACAUUUUGGGAGGCACCAUUUCGGUCUUCAUGAAAGAGGAAUCCUUUGAAGCAAAGUCUGGUUCAGCAGCAGCAUUUCCAGUCUUCGACAAGGCUUUCAAGCGUGUGGUUCUAGUGGGCUUGGGUGACAAAGACCCCAACGCUCGGGAAGUUGGUGCGGCUAUUGCGGGAGCCGUCAAGGGCCUGAAAGGUGGUUCUGUUGGACUUACUCGUGCUGAGGGUGUGGACCCUCAGGCUCUCAUGGAGGGCUUGCUUCUUGGCCUUCACGCGGACAAGCGAUUUCAAGGGUCAAAGACACCGGAGAAAGACAAGGCUCCAAAGGGCCCGAACACCGUGGAGUUGCUUGGCUAUGAGUCCGCAGAAGACAUUGACAAGGCGAGUGCAAUUGCUGCUGGGGUGGUUUUCGCUCGAGAGCUUGUGAAUGCACCUGCCAACAUCAUCGAUCCCAUUACUUUGACAGCAGCUGCAGCUGACAUGGCAAAACAGCUUGGACUCUCUGCCAAGAUUUUAGAUGAGAAGGACUGUGGAGAGAUGGGCAUGGGCUCCUUCCUGGCUGUGAGUCGGGCGUCGAAUCUGGGGGCGCGCCUCAUCCACCUGACAUAUUCUCCAGGAGGUGAAGUCAAGCGAAAGGUGGGCAUUGUUGGCAAGGGCUUAACCUUUGACUCGGGUGGCUACAACUUGAAAGCGGGAGCAGGCUCCAUGAUCGAGAUGAUGAAAUUCGACAUGGGCGGUUCUGCAAGCACUCUGGGUGCGGCAGCUGCCAUAGCCCAGCUCAAGCCCAAGGAUGUCGAAGUGCAUUUCGUGAUUGCCACUUGCGAGAACAUGGUGAGUGGAAACCCAGGUGCCCUGCACCCAGGGGACAUUAUCACGGCCAUGGAUGGAACUACCAUCGAGGUGAACAACACGGAUGCAGAGGGUCGCCUCACCUUGGCUGAUGCUCUCCUGUACUGCCAGCAGCAAGGUGUCACAGAGGUCGUAGACAUCGCGACUUUGACUGGCGCGUGCAUGGUGGCACUGGGAAAGGACAUCACAGGCUGGGACUUGCACCAUUUUUCAGGGUCUGAUGAUACCAGAUGACUGAUAGCCGCUGUCGACUUGCAAGCUUGAAAUCUGCAAAUUGGCGUCACAAAUUGAAUCCAGUUGUUUGGCCUACAGUUCUUGUGAAAGCCCCAGUGGUCUCUCCACGGUUUGCUUGCUGGGAUUCUGGUAGCUGAGGCAUGUGGAGUAACUCUGACGAGCUAGCCGCAAGUCUGGACGCAUCCUCAAAAGCCACUGGGGAGAAGCUGUGGCGGAUGCCUUUGGAGGA